CAAGCAAAGUCAGUCUACUCUGUUCUCUCUUCCACUCUCCUUUUCUGUUCUCUCUCCACUCUUUUAAAAAGUAGAGGAAGAAGUACUGUACACAGAGAAACAGAGAGAGGAUAAGGGAAGAGAAAUUAUCAAACGGUUGCGUUUUUUACUUCCAUCGUAGACUAAUCGCCGAAAUGCCGCCACCACCACAGCCACAAUCAAGCGCUAGCCUAAAUGGUGACCACAGACCACCACGCCCACCGCCAGCUUCAAAUACCCACCAAAAUCACCACCACCACCACCAUCCUUACUACCCAACUUCGUCUUCUUCCUCCUCAGCCUCUUUGAAAGGUUGCUGUUGUUGUCUCUUCCUUCUGUUCUCCUUUCUUGCCCUUUUAGUCCUUGCAAUCUUCCUCAUUAUCAUUCUUGCCGUCAAGCCUAAGAAACCCCAGUUCGAUCUCCAACAAGUCGGUGUUCAAUAUAUGGGAAUCUCUGCUUCAAAUCCCGCCUCAUUCGACCCCAGCACCACCACCACCACCACCGUAGCCACUGGUCCCACCACCGCUUCACUCUCUUUAACUAUUCACAUGUUAUUCACCGCCGUUAAUCCAAACAAGGUUGGAAUCAAGUACGGCGAGUCCAGGUUUACGGUUAUGUACCACGGGAUUCCUUUAGGGAAGGCUUCCGUUCCUGGAUUUUACCAAGAAGCCCACAGCGAGCGACAGGUGGAAGCCACCAUCUCCGUCGAUCGGUAUAGCUUGAUGCAAGCCAAUGCUGCCGAGUUGAUCAGAGAUGCUUCGUUGAAUGAUAGAGUCGAGCUUCGAGUUUUGGGUGAAGUUGGUGCUAAGAUCCGUGUUCUAGACUUCGACUCUCCUGGAGUUCAGGUUUCAGUGAACUGUGCUAUAGUGAUAAGUCCAAGAAAGCAAUCUCUUACUUACAAGCAGUGUGGAUUUGAUGGAUUGUCUGUCUGACUCAUGGCUAAAAACAAACAAAGAAAAAUGAAAAAAGAAGAAGAGGAAGAACAAAGAAGAAUUAUUUCUUUUUUUCCAUCUCUUAUUUUAUUUAUUUCUCUCAAGAGAUGGAGAUGUGCAAGAGAGAGAGUGGAGAAAAGCAAAAGGAAAGAAGCUUAGAAAGUAGAAAGCGAAGGGGGAAAAAAAACCCAUAUCCUCACAUGGAUGGAGAUGGAGGUGGAGUUGGAUCAAAGUCAAAGAUAGGUGAAAACAAGAAAAAAAAAAAUUUUGAGGAUCAUUUUCUAAAUGGGAAAUCAAAAGGUUUUCCCAAGAUUUUGCAGAUUUUAUUAUAUUGUGUUUUACUUACCUUCACUUGGAAGAAAAAAUUAUUGCUGAUUGCGUGUAAAGUUGUAAGACUCAUGUAAUGUUCACUAAUUGGCUUAUUCUUCUUUCUUUGUGAA